ACACACAAUCGUGCAGGCAGGCACUCUCUUUGCAGGCGGGGAGCUCGGAGGACUUUAGUGUGUGCAUGUGUUUGUAGGGAAGGGCCACGCAAACACACCCCCUCUGCAGGCAGGCAGGCCCAGUCCGCAGAGCGCGCUUGCGCCCCGGGGAGGCCGCAGGGGCCCGCCCGCGUUGUAUCCAGCAACCCGGGCGCGGGGAGGAGCCGGGGGCAGGGGGCUGUCGCUCUGAUAGUCCGGUGUGUUUUUGCAUGAAGAUGGCGGCUCCUGUUGCCAGCAAGGCAGGCUCCGGCGGUGGACUAGGAGGAGGAGGAGGAGGAAACAGCAGCAGCAACGGCGGUGGCAGCAGCAGCAGCAGCAAACCCUCCUUCCCCGAGCUGGAUUUCCGAUCGGGGGCCCGGAUAGAAGAAUUAAACAAACUCAUCCAAGAAUUCACCAAGCACGACCAGCGGGAAUACGACGACCAGCGAGCCCUGGAGAUCCACACGGCCAAAGACUUCAUCUUUUCCAUGCUGGGAAUGGUCCAGAAACUGGACCAGAAACUCCCCGUGGCCAAUGAGUAUCUGCUGCUUUCCGGGGGUGUCCGGGAAGGCGUGGUGGACCUCGACCUAGAUGAGCUCAACGUUUAUGCUCGAGGGACUGACUACGACAUGGACUUCACCCUUCUUGUGCCGGCCCUGAAACUGCAUGACCGGAAUCAGCCUGUGACCCUGGAUAUGCGUCACUCUGCCCUGUGCCACUCCUGGCUGAGCCUUCGACUCUUCGAUGAAGGAACGAUCAGUAAAUGGAAAGAUUGCUGCACCAUCGUGGACCACAUCAAUGGGGCCACUAAUUAUUUCUUCUCUCCAACCAAAGUGGCCGACUGGUUUUAUGACUCCAUCAGCAUCGUUCUUUCCGAGAUCCAGAAGAAACCCCAGAGAGGGAUGCCUAAGGUGGAGAAGGUGGAAAAGAAUGGGACGAUCAUCUCCAUCAUCCUCGGGGUGGGGAGCAGCCGCAUGCUGUAUGACAUCGUCCCCGUGGUGUCCUUCAAAGGGUGGCCUGCAGUGGCCCAGAGCUGGCUUAUGGAGAACCAUUUUUGGGAUGGGAAGAUUACCGAGGAAGAGGUCAUCAGUGGCUUUUACCUGGUGCCUGCUUGUUCCUACAAAGGCAAGAAAGACAACGAGUGGAGGCUGUCCUUUGCCAGGAGCGAAGUGCAGCUGAAGAAGUGCAUCUCGAGCAGUCUCAUGCAGGCUUAUCAGGCUUGCAAGGCCAUAAUCAUCAAGCUCCUCUCCCGUCCCAAAGCCAUCAGUCCCUACCACCUACGGAGUAUGAUGCUGUGGGCCUGUGACAGGCUUCCCGCCAACUAUUUAGCCCAGGAAGAUUACGCCGCCCAUUUUCUUGUGGGUCUCAUUGAUGACCUCCAACACUGCCUGGUGAACAAGAUGUGCCCCAACUACUUUAUCCCUCAGUGCAACAUGCUCGAGCACCUGUCCGAGGAGACGGUCAUGCUUCACGCCCGGAAGCUGUCCUCCGUCCGCUCUGACCCCGCGGAGCACCUGCGCACGGCCAUCGAGCACGUCAAGGCAGCCAAUCGGCUAACGCUCGACCUUCAGCGACGAGGCAGUGCUACUAGCAUCCCUUCCCCGCAGUCUGACGGAGGGGACCCCAACCAGCCCGACGACCGGUUAGCCAAAAAACUUCAGCAGCUGGUGACUGAGAACCCGGGCAAGUCCAUCUCGGUCUUCAUCAACCCCGAUGAUGUAACGAGGCCCCACUUCAGAAUUGAUGAUAAAUUCUUCUGAGCUUGGGCUAACCUCUCUUUUGGGCUCUGUUCUAAGACUUUCACAAAGUGUUGUGGUUUUGUGAUGCUGCGUUGUUGUUGUUGUUGUUUUUUACAUAUCCAGCAGAGAUUGGGUCUGUCGAGAACAGCGUUUGAGUUAUGUUCCUGUUUCUGCAGGAUGGUGCAGGUUCUGAAACAGUAUAUUACUAUUUCAUGUUCUGCCUUUGCUUUCUCUUUUACUUUGGUCGUGUCAUAUUUGGGAUUAUCUUUUUUGGU